ACCCCCCCUUUGCCUUCCCCUGCAAAAACUCGCCAUGGCAUCCAAACUCAACCCCAACGUCCUGUACGUGGCUGGGCCUGGGGAGUCGCUGGGGUCGCCCCAAGACUCCGAUAGGACUCAUAUUCCCGGCGAAGCAGGUGAAGAGUCCUCAGACAGCGACGGAGAACAAGAAGAGACGUCACACAAGCUGAUCCGCAAAGUGUCGACCUCGGGACAGAUAAGGGCCAAGAAAAGUGUGAAGGAGGGAAUCCUGUUAAAGCAAACAAGCUCCUUCCAGAGGUGGAAGAGGAGGUACUUUAAACUCAGAGGAAGGACCCUCUACUAUGCCAAAGACUGCAAGUCUCUAAUAUUUGAUGAAGUGGACCUAUCAGAUGCCAGUGUGGCUGAGACCAGCACCAAGAACAUCAACAACAGCUUCACAGUCAUCACUCCUUUUCGCAAACUAAUGUUGUGUGCUGAGAGCAGGAAGGAAAUGGAGGACUGGAUCACGUCGCUCAAAUCCGUCCAAAAGUGGGAAACCUACGAGGCCAGUCAGUUCAACAUGGAGCAUUUCUCUGGGAUGCAUAACUGGUACGCCUGCUCACACGCCAGACCAACUUUCUGCAACGUCUGCAGAGAGGCGCUGCCAGGUGUCACCUCCCAUGGCCUGUCCUGUGAAGUCUGUAAGUUCAAGGCUCACAAGCGAUGUGCUGUUCGCUCCACUAACAACUGCAAGUGGACCACGCUGGCCUCCAUAGGAAAUGACAUCAUUGAGGAUGAGGAUGGGGUGUCCAUGCCCCACCAGUGGCUGGAAGGCAACCUGCCUGUCAGCGCCAAAUGUGUGGUGUGUGAUAAGAACUGUGGCAGCGUGAGGCGACUGCAGGACUGGCGCUGCCUCUGGUGCAAGGCCAUCGUCCAUAACAGCUGUAAGGAACAAAUGGGGAAGGUGUGUCCCUUGGGCCAGUGUCGAGUGUCAAUCAUCCCUCCAACUGCACUUAACAGCAUCGACUCAGACGGCUUCUGGAAGGCCACCUCAGCAUCGUGCUCCAGCCCUCUUCUGGUCCUAGUCAACUCAAAAAGUGGCGACAACCAGGGGGUGAAGUUCCUCCGCAAGUUCAAGCAGCUUCUCAACCCAGCACAGGUCUUCGACCUGAUGAACGGAGGACCAGAGCUCGGCCUGCGCCUCUUCCAGAAGUUUGUGACAUUUCGUAUUCUGGUGUGCGGAGGAGAUGGCAGCGUGGGCUGGGUGCUCUCAGAGCUGGAUAAACUCAACCUCCAUAAACAGUGCCAGCUGGGCGUGCUGCCUCUGGGCACAGGUAACGACCUGGCUCGUGUUCUGGGCUGGGGUGGCCUCUGUGAUGAUGAUGCUCAGCUCCUACAGAUCCUGGAGAAGCUGGAGAGAGCCACCACCAAAAUGCUGGACCGAUGGAGCGUGAUGACAUACGAGGUGCCCACCACAAAUAAACAGACACCGAUAGUGAAGGAAGAGGACUGCCUUGAUUCUCCUCUACAGGUCCACAUCACUCAGUAUGCAGACUCUGUGGCCUCCCACCUCGCCAAGAUCCUGGACUCGGACAAACACAGUGAUGUCAUUUCCUCUGCCAAGUUUCUGUGUGGGACGGUGAAUGAUUUUGUGGCGGAGGUGGGGAAGGCGUAUGAGAGAGCCACGGAGAACAAGGAGGAGGCAGAUGCCAUGGCAAAGAAGUGUGCACUGCUGAAUGAGAAGCUCGAUUCCCUCGUCAAGGCCUUAAGUGAAGAAGCCGAAGCCCAGAUGGUUCCGGCAGGUACAGUGCCCACUCAGGAGAGCGGCGGCUCGAGCCCUAGUGAAAGUGGCAGUGAGUUGGGAUCUGUGGGCAAAACGUACCGGUCCAAAGAGCAGCUGAUGCUCAGGGCGAACAGUCUGAAGAAAGCGCUCAGGCAGAUCAUCGAGCAGGCCGAGAAAGUGGUCGACGAGCAGAACCGGCACACGCAGGUCCAGAGGAUGUCGUCUUCAACCUCCAUCAAAAGAGAAAACAGCGAGGAGCUGAAGGAUGCCGAGCCACGUCAAGGAAGUUUGAGUCCAACCUCUCCCAUCGUCCUGGAGAAGGCAGAGAGCCUGAACACAGUCACCUUCAGCGAGGACUCUGUGCAGUGCUCAGAGAAGUGCGUGAUGAACAACUACUUCGGCAUCGGCCUAGACGCCAAAAUCUCCCUUGAGUUCAACAACAAGAGAGACGAGCACCCGAAGAAAUGCAGUAGUCGCACCAAGAACAUGAUGUGGUACGGAGUCCUGGGAACCAAAGAGCUGGUCCAGAAGACGUACAAGAACCUGGAGCAGAGAGUUCAGCUGGAGUGUGACGGGGUUCCCAUGUCUCUGCCGAGUCUGCAGGGCUUGGCCGUCCUCAACAUCCCCAGCUAUGCAGGCGGUAUCAACUUCUGGGGAGGCACCAAGGAGGACAAUAACUUUGGCGCGCCGUCUUUUGACGAUAAGAAGCUGGAGGUGGUGGCGGUGUUCGGCAGCAUGCAGAUGGCUGUUUCCAGAGUCAUCAACCUGCAGCACCAUCGCAUUGCACAGUGCCGCCAGGUGAAGAUCACCAUCCUGGGGGAGGAGGGGGUUCCCGUGCAGGUGGACGGGGAAGCGUGGAUCCAACCGCCCGGCAUCGUCAAGAUCGUCCACAAGAACCGUGCGCAGAUGCUCACGAGAGACAGAGCGUUUGAGAGCACGCUAAAGUCGUGGGAGGACAAGAGGAAGAUUGACAGCUACCGUGCCACGAGGCCCCGCCUUAACUCCCAGCAGUCAAUGGAGUACCUGACCGAGGAAGAGUGCGCUCAGGUUCAGCAGCUGGGCAUCGUGGCUGACACGCUCAUCAACAAAAUCCGCGAGGCAGCCAAAACCCACAAGCUGGUAGAGCAGGAGUUGGCUCACGCCGUCAACGCCACCGCCCUGGUGCUCACGGAGGCCAAACUGUCCAGCCCCGAGUGUCUGAGUCGCAGCACGGCGGUGGAAAUUGUCAACAGCAGUAAAGUCCUCCAGGCUGAGACCAGGAUGCUGCUCGAUGGAAAACUGCUGUCGGAGUCUCCGGAGCGAGAGGAGCUUCGCUCGACUUUGAACAGCCUCAGCGCUGAGCUCCACAAGCUGGAUGACAUCCACUGGAUCUGCCCGCUCAUGCAGUGCACUGAGGAGGACUCUGUGAGGAGCAGCAGUAAGAGCAGCAGCAGCAUGAAGCUAAAGAUCAUACCUAAGGGGAAGAAGGAGAGAGAGAAGCUUCACAAGCAGAAGUCCAACAGUUCCCUCUCAGGAGCCUGGGAUAUCAAAGGUGCGGCCGCUGAGGCAGAUUCUUCCGGCAACUGAAGAUCUGCAUGAGGUGCUUUAUCACUGAUGCCGAUACCCUGAAAACCAGGUGUGAGGAGCACCCCUCCUGUCCUUCUCUCUAACCGCAAGGCCCAGUGGCUUGACAGAGGUGUCCUCGCUGUUUUACA